GACGAGUUGUCUGGGGAUUUUCUCAUUCUCCCUCCUGAUCUGUUUCCCAGAGGAGCUCGGCGCUUCUCUUCUGUUCUUCUCUCUCUUUGUUUCUGCCUUCAUCCUUCAUCGCCAUGGAUAUGGGCAGCCUGACAACGGUGGUGGCCAACUCGGCCUACAUCUCGGCGCGCGGGAGCUUCGACGGCACGGCCAACCCGUCCGCUAACCGGGACAAGAAGUACCACGCCCGCCUGAAGCUGCCUCACAUCACGGUGUGCGAGGGCCUCAGGGAGACUCUGGACCUGGGCUUCCAGACCGCCUGCGUGGAGCAGCCCAUCGGCAAGCGUCUGUUCCAGGAGUUCCUGGAGGCCAACAACGAAUACAAAGGCCCCUGCCGCCUGUGGAAGGACGUGGAGGAGUACAACCAGGCCGAUGACCAGGACCGCGUUAAGAAGGCCUCCAAGAUGCUCUCUCGCUACAUGGAUCCAAGCGCCAAACACUUCUGCCCUUUCCUGCCGGAGAACGACAUCACCAAGGUGAAGGAGAAGCACGCGGAGGCCGGAGACGAUCUGUUCGUGGAGACUCUGACCAGCGUCCUGGACUUCCUCAAGGAGGUCCCUUAUACGUUCUACCUGGACAGCAUGCACCUGAAGAGGUUCCUCCAGUGGAAGUGGCUGGAGAUGCAGCCCACGGGGGAGGACUGGUUCAUGGACUUCCGGGUCCUUGGGAAGGGGGGCUUUGGGGAGGUACACGCCACCUCCAUGAAGGCCACGGGGAAACUGUACGCCUGCAAGAAGCUCAACAAGAAGAGGCUGAAGAAGAGGAAAGGAUACGAGGGUGCGAUGGUGGAGAAGAGAAUUCUGGCACGUGUCCACAGCAGGUUCAUCGUGUCACUGGCCUACGCCUUCCAGACCAAGACUGAGCUCUGUCUGGUCAUGACCAUCAUGAAUGGAGGAGACCUGAGGUAUCAUAUCUACAAUGUGGAUGAGAACAACCCAGGGUUUGAUGAGCAGAGGGCCUGUUUCUACACAGCUCAGAUCAUCCAGGGUAUGGAGCACCUGCACCAGAAGAGAAUCAUCUACAGAGACCUCAAACCUGAGAACGUGUUGUUGGAUAAUGAAGGUAACGUGCGUAUCUCUGACCUUGGUCUGGCCGUGGAGCUGGAGGACAACCAGACCAAUAUCAAAGGCUACGCCGGGACUCCAGGGUUCAUGGCCCCAGAGCUGCUGAAAGGGGAGGAGUAUGACUGGUCAGUGGACUACUUUACCCUUGGGGUCACGCUGUAUGAGUUCAUCGCUGCCAAGGGACCUUUCAGAACCCGAGGAGAGAAGGUGGAGAACAAAGUAGUGAAGAAGAGGAUUCUGAACGACCCCGUGGCCUAUCCGGAGAAGUUCAGUGAGAAAGCCAAGUCCAUCUGCGAGGCGCUGCUGUGCAAGACGGUGGACCAGAGGCUGGGCUUCAAGAACGGGUCCUGCGACGAGCUCCGAGCGCACCCCUUCUUCAGCGAACUCAACUGGAUGAAACUGAACGAAGGGAUCCUGGUGCCUCCGUUUGUUCCCGACUCCAAGACGGUCUACGCCAAGGAUCUGGACGCCGUCGGAGCUUUCUCAACAGUGAAGGGAGUCACCCUGGACGACCCCGACAAGGAGUUCUUUGACGAGUUCUCCUCUGGGAACAUCCCCAUUCCCUGGCAGGAGGAGAUGAUCGAGACGGGGAUCUACGGGGAGCUGAACCUCUGGGGGGUCGGGGGGGCGCUGCCCAACGACCUGCGCAGGGAGAGCAUCCUGGAACAGCCCCCGAAGUCCUCCACCUGCUGCCUGUCAUAGAUCAGAGGUCAAGGGGUAGGGAACAUGGAACUAUUUGGUUGCGUUCCCCUGCUCAGACGUUGCAUGCAUCAACCAAUGGUUGCAUGCCACAUCAUCGACCGUGUCAUCGACUGACAGAUAGCUAUAACAUAUAACGUGGUUAGCUGAUACUGUAAGUAAAAUACCAAUCCAGGUGUUGUCAGAUCUGGCAGGCAUCAGCAAUGCCUGGGCACGGGAACGCCCCCUUUAUGAAUAUCAUUACUAGGAAGGAUAUCAUUGGCCGGCCGAGUGGAGGAAGUAGUCUCGGGCCAAUGGCAGAGAUGUGGUCACGAAGGAGGCGGGAGGAUUUAAUGGAAUGGGAUGGGUUGUAAAACGAUGGAAUGUUUAUUUAGUUUAUUAUAUGUUAUGUAUUAUUAUGUUUAUCAAAAUUAACGAGUUAAAAGACGUUUUAGAUAUCUACACCUGUUUCUUCUCAGUGAAGAAUCAUUCUUUUCUUGCUACUACGGCAACUGGUGAAAUGCACCAUUUAUUGUACUUCACCAAAGAGACAGAAUAGUGUUUUAACAGCCAGCCACUAUGCUGAGAAAACUACAUACAGUCACUGUAAUGUUUUAUUUGUUAUAACAGAACUAUAAUGGCUCUGUUUCCGUUUUACUCGUUUG